GAGAACUCCCAGGGCUCAGUUGCCUGAGGGAAGCAGUGUGAUUCCAAAGAUGGAGAAUUAUCUCUUUCCUCUGAAAAGUAGUAGUGCUACCUGGCUGAGUUCCAGCCUUACUUCUUGGGUGAUUGAUACCAUCUUUGCCUUCCUGUGUGGACUGGGGCUUUUUCUCCUGUUACUCCCCUGCCUCCAGGGGUCUCCAUCCUUACCACCAUCUAGGAAACAUAGAAACAUCAGGGAGCAUCAAAGGGGGAGAAACAGGAGUUGGAAGAAAAGUCAAACUGUGGAAGCUUGUAGAGAGUGCCUGAAAGAACUGGAAGUGGCUCGCUACCUGAUUUCACUUCUGCAAAGCCAACUGGGGAAGUGCCACGACAAGGGAGGCUUUCAUCAGCUUUUAUGUCAAGACCAACCAGAUGAGAUGUGCAAAGCAGCACCUGCUGGAUCCUGCUGGCCAUGCAUGGAAUGUGCGGAUAAUGUUGUCCCUUCAAUGUCCCUGUCAACUUCCCCAGCUCUUCCAAAUGAGCACCCUCUACCUCUGGCCUCCACCUCCCCACAGGGCCCAAUGACCUCUUUACACUCUAUUAGUUCACAGCCAUCCAUGAAUGUCUCUGAGCCACUAGAGCCUUUCUUUCCCCUGGAAUGCCUUUCCCCUCACCUGCCAGACCCCCUGGAGUCAGGGGCCAGUCCUUCAUCUCCCCCAGUUUCCUCUGCUUCACCACCACUAGACUUCACUCUGACUCUUCCGCAGUGUGACUCAUUGGCAGUCAAACUGCACACCUUCCCACAGAGCUCAUCUCCACACAUCCCUUGGCCAGUUUCUUCCACCCCAGUCAUUUCAGGUAUUGGCCACUCAAGUUGUCCUGUAUCAGCCCUGACCUGGUGGCAGAAAGCCACCCAAGCCUUAUGCAUAUCAACAUCAUCACAUGGUGAGUCCCAGGAAGAGCACCUUUCUUGCCACCCACCAGGGGCCUUGUUCUGUGGAGACUCUACAAACAGACAGACAGAGACUGGCAGCCUCUCUUUGGUCAGUUCCAAUGACCAGGAGCUGGAAAUACAAGCCACAAAGAGAGUAGAGAUCAAGGUUUGGAAAGAAAAAGAAGAUGGAUCAUAUUCAAAACAAAUGAAUCCAGAAUAUCACCUGAAUUCUUUGGGUAACAUAUUUAAAUCACUGGGUGCUAACCAAAACACCAGAACUCACCAGCCCAUCUGGAGUACAGAAGGCAAAACAGAACAGCUGCCUGGCGCUCAGAAACUCUCAUAUACCAAAGUCUUAGGAGACCAUCUACAGCAGAAAUACAACCAACUUUUUUGGGGUCUCCCCUCUCUGCACAGUGAAUCCCUGGUGGCUACUGCCUGGUUCUCUGAGAGUUCUUCAGCCCUUCAGUCUCCCUCUUUCUUAUUCAAUGGAAUUACAAAUGCCUGUCCAGUUCAAAUUCAGGCUAAAAUAUCUCCACUGCUUUCCCAAUCCCAGCCCUUGUCUCAUCUGGAGUUCCAAUCUCAACACUUAAUGCCAACCAUACCACCAUUCCAGCCUCUAUCUCAGUCUCAGGUGCAGAUCAAGGUCCCUCUUCAAUCUUCUUUCCCAACCCGAACACCUUCACCCCAGAUCAAGGAUUGCAAAAUGUCUUGCCCUGCAGCCCAAAAUGAGCCACAAUCUCCCAUCCCAACUGAGAUUCAACGUCUGAAAUGGUCCUUAUUGCAGAAGCAACUAGAAUGUGGGUGGACUUUAUCUUCUGUAGUCCAAAGUUCUCAGGAAAUCUUUAGUGUUUUUAGUUCCAACCUUCCUGAGGACAACUGGGUAGUCUCCAUUCUUCCUGAGAAUUUCCCAAUCAGUCCUGAACUCCGGAAGCAACUAGAGCAACACCUCCAAAAAUGGCUUAUCCAACACCGUUGGGAGUUGCCCCAAAGAAUCCAAGAGUCUCUGGAACUAAAACAGCUUCAGUCUGAAUUACCAAAUAUAAAUCAGUAUAAAUUACCAAAUACAAAAGGAAAGCAUGUAAGGUCACAGACCUCUCUAUUUACAGGUGAAAGCAGCAAGGGCACACAGAAGGUGGGGUUCCAGCUAAGCAUGGGCCAGGGUCUGGGACAUGUUCUGGGAAAGGUCUCUAAAGAUAGCUCCACAGGCUCAGAAAUUUCCUUUGUAAAGGACUUGGGGGUGAACUUUGAAGAGUCAGACCAUGACUUGAGACCCUCAAGUAGUGAGUCAGGAAGUGAUGAAUAUGUCCUAAAAAGAUAUUUGGGCAGUAAGUCGGGGAGGAUCAGAGAGGAUUUUAUACAGCAAUCCUGGGUUGCUGUCACUCAUGUUUUCCCCAGGUUUAAAAAAUACAAGGAAAAAAGAAAUCUAAAAGUAUUAAAGGGUUGGGAACCCUGUGUGAACACCUCCCGUAGGAUUCCCUUCCUCCAUCCCUGCACUCGAGAGGUACUAGAAUCACAUAUUAUAAGGUUUUGGGUCAAACACAGGUGGGGCUUACCUCUCAAGGUCCUUAAGCCCAUAAAUUGCUUUAAAUUGAAAAAAAAAGCUCAAUCCUUGCCCCCUCUGCAAUUUGACUCUCCCCCUCCGGCCACCUGUGUACCUGGGGCCCACACAAGAGUCAAGUUUGCCAUGUCCCAGGAAGAAUUUCCGCAGGCCCAUUUGGGAGAAAAGGUAACAAAAGAAUCAGGUCUCACUCUGGAGAGGCCUCUCCUUGCUCCCUCACCUGUGUGUGUCCUGGGAGCGAUCUCAUCUGGGGGCAAUCAUGAGCCCUCAGAACCACUUCUGAAUGGACAGGAGGGCAAUCUGUCUUCCCAUUCCUUCACAUCUGACAACAAGGUUGGAAAUUGUCAGAGUGGGGCUAUGAAAUGGCCCAACUCAAGAGAGGAGAUUUGGGACUGGGAUUCACAAAACCCCUGCAAUAGGGUAAAAAUGGCAGAGAUGAACUCAGGACUCCAAUCUUUAAGGGCCCAAGAAACCAGGGGGGUGUUAGAAGUUGAGGAGUCUCCUGUUCUACAACAACAGUCUAGUGACAUCUUAGGAUCCGGUGUGCUGACAAAAUUCCCAACCAGAAAUGUGCAGAAGAGUAAUUUAGUGUCCCCUAUGACCACUGCAAACCAUCUACUUCCUAGAAUGUAUGUUUCCCAAGAUUCAGGAGAAUCAUGCCUUAACAUAGAAGUUCCACGUGCGCUUAUGCUCAGAGCAAAGACAAAAUCAGAGGAACAAUAUAUAGAUUGUCCUACACAUGUGUUCCCUACUGAAGACACUUUGGUUCCUUGGGUGCCUCAUUGCCAUCUCCAGAGAAUGCCUUGUGGAGACAUAAUAGCUUCCCCUAUAAUACAUGGUUUCAUAGCAGACCAAAGGAGCAGCUCACAGCAUCAGGAGUUCAGGAUCUUGAGACUUCAAGACUCAUGGAAUGGUGAGAGCACGGCGGCUGACCCUACUUAUGGGAGAGAGGACUGUCACAGGCCUGACAAUGGAGCAUGUGAAGGGUAUGAAGAAUUCCAGACCUCUCCGGUUGGAAGUUGGAGUCUCCCUACCCAGUUCAGAAGAAUAGUAAACUUUAUUGGGAGCAAAUGCCUCCAGAAAAAAGUUACUUCAGAAAGCUUCUUCAGAAAGGGGAUGAGGCUCUUUGUUCAGCGGAUUUUCUCCAAUAAGAAAGGCAAAGGUCAGGGUCGUCUACAAAGAUGUGAACCUACGUUAUCUACUGUCCAGAGAAAAGUGUCAGGCAAAAGCAAAUCUAUGAUGGACGGUGAGACUGCUGAGGCUCGGGCAAUCAUGACAGCUGUUGGACAGAUUUUAGAAGAGAAAAUGGCACUUCACCAGGAGCUUCAAGCCAUAAAGUUAAAUGAACACAAACAGGAACUCCAACACUCAGCAUGUGGGGCUUACUGCUCUUACAGGUCUUCCUUCCACUCAGAGAAAAGGAAAAGGAGUUGCACAACCUGCAGUCACCAAGUCAUUCUCCCAAACCAGAAUUGUUCUACCAGGGAAAAGCACGUCAAACCCCGACAGUCCUUGAAAAGUGUAAGAUUCAAUGAUGAUGGUGACCUGAGGAAUAUCCCAUCAACACCCCCCAAGAAGACUGUGUCUCCCAUCAGUGCCUGCCAGCACGGGCCAAGGAUUCCAUUUGCUCCAGGAUGCUAUCACCACUGCCCAAGACACUGUCCUUUCCAGGGGGGUGUCUUUCCUGGUCAGCCAUAAAAUGCUCCUCUAGCCCUUCCUAACAGGAAAACAUGUCUCCAAGGAAAAAGUCAGUCCACGUAGAGAAAACCUUCUUGUUAGCACAUCCAAGAUGUUUAAUGUUCCCCUAGAUAUGUUUUUUUCUCAUAAAAGCAUAAUGUAGUAGCUUCUGCCUGUGUUACUUUUGGGGUGUACUUUGACUUCUUGAAAGGAUGGACCACAGAGGGUGAUUGACAUGGAGUUGAGGGCUAGCUCCUUAUUCCAAAUCCUUUCAUUGAAAUUACGUUUGUCAUUAUAUAAACAACAAAAAUUACUAUAAAACAUGAGAAAACCUAUG